UCUGUUGUUUGAAGUACACAUUUCUCAUAUAACAUUAACAAAAGCCAGAUCUCACUGGUUUGUUUGUUUUUCAAAUGUGCUAGUUUUAUUAACUCUCAUUUGCUGAAUAAUAGACGACCUGGGCCAGUCAAAAUAAUAAAGCAACAAUUAUAUCCAUAUUUGAAGCAAAAAUAGGGUUUUGAAGACCCUCACUAAUUAUAUAUCCCAAACACGUGGUUCACUGCUCCUGUCCUUCACAGUAUCUUAUAUGCUUAGGAUAGACUACAAAAAAAGACCUCUGUUGUACAUGUUGAACUGCAUGCAUGCCAAUAAAUGAGUGAACAUGGCAAGGUCUGUAUCAGUUAUUCCAAAUUGCUCAAAGCUUUCAAAGUUCAAAUAGCACAGCUGGCAUAAUAUGCAUACCACAUAAACUGACAGCCACACUCAAGUUGCCAAGUUCUAUAUCAAUUGAACGUUCCAAGUCAUCUUUAAAGGUAAGCUUUAUUUACACUUAGCAUAACAUUUGCUAUCAGGAAAUGUUCAUCAGAUGGGCUCAAAGAGCCUAAACAGGACACAGGUUACAUUCAUUCAGGUUUAAUUAUCAACUACCUCAACUUGAUUUUUUUUUAGGACUGAACAUGCUAUAUGUAUUUAUAGGCAUACUAGAACUCUCCCAGAGAAAGACAAAUAGCAAAGGGAGACAUUUCUUUUCUGAACUAGAAUAAGCAGAAAGAACAUGAAAAUUAUUCUAGUAUUGGUCUUUAUGAUUUCUCUAGUAAUUUCAGGUAGACUAGACGAUCACUUGGAAUCAGCAACUCCUGAGCCUAAGUCAAGAUUUGCUAUGUCUGAUGAUGUACAUUUGCUGGCCACUGGACUACUCCAGCUUGGGCGUGGCCUUCAAGACUUUGUGAUCAAAACCAAAACCCAAAUGAAUGACAUCUUUCAAAGGCUUAACAUUUUCGACCAAUCUUUUUCUGAGAUCUUGCAACAAACCAAUGAAAUGAAAGAAGAAGAGCAGCAGUUAAAAAAAGCCACAACCAGAUUGCAAGCAACUGAGGAAGAGAUGAGAAAUGUAUCUUUGCAGCUUAAUUCCAAAAUAGACUUCCUUUCCAUCGAGAAGAUUCAACUGAACAAUAAAGUAGGGAAACUUGAAGAAAAAAUAACUGAACUCGUACAGACCCAGCUUGAUAUCCAUGAGCCAAGAGAAAUUGCCUCACUUAAAAAUUUUGUUGAACAGCAAGAUGGCCACCUCAAACAGCUUCUCAACAUUGUUCAACUGCAACAUGCUCAGCUCACAAAACAGCAAGGGCAAAUACAGGUCCUGGAGGAAAAGAUAAACAGCCCCAAUUUUCAAGAGGACUCACAAUUAUUUUCUGUGAAGGAAGAUGACAGACAUCCUAAACUGAAAAAACCAGCUAAAAAUAGCAAUUCUAGAGGUAAUGCUACUGAUUGUACUUGGAUUUACAAUGCAGGGGAAAGAUCUAAUGGGAUUUAUUCUAUUAAGCCCAAUGGAUCCAAGGCAUUUAAUGUUUAUUGCGAAAUGGAAGGAGAAAACGCAUGGACAAUUAUUCAGAAGAGAUCAGAUGGAUCAGUAGAUUUCAAUCAAACUUGGGAGAGCUAUAUAGAUGGGUUUGGUAAUCUUGAUGGAGAAUUUUGGCUGGGCCUUGAAAAGAUCUAUUCCAUUGUAGAUCAAACUGACUACAUUCUGCGUAUUGAGCUUGAAGAUUGGAGAGCUAACAAACGUUAUAUUGAGUAUACAUUCAAAAUGGGAGGUCCAGACAGAGAUUAUGCACUCUUUCUCUCUAGGAUUACUGGGAAUAUUCCAAAUGCUCUACCUGAACAGAAAGAAAUUAAAUUUUCUACUAAAGAUCAUAGCAACAGCACUGAAAGAAAGCUUAACUGCACAGAAAGUGACUCAGGUGGUUGGUGGUACAAUGUAUGCGAAGAAACAAACCUGAAUGGAAGAUACAUCAGGUCAAGCUCAAAAGGAAAACUAGAGAGGAAGAAACGAGGACUGUAUUGGAAGCCUCAGAAAGGAAAACCUUAUCUUCUCAAGUCAACCAAACUGAUGAUAUAUCCUACAGAUUUUGAAACAUUUGACUCAACAUUAUCAAAGUUUACCUAAGAAGCUGCAAGCUACUUCAGUCACAAUCCGGCGGACAGCCCUUUCUGGUGUACAAAGAAAAUCAUAUUAAGGAUGUAUUCAAACCAUAAUAUUAUUCCUUUGGAUAUAUAUCUCAGUGUGCUUUGUUCUGCUCCAUACGCUCAAAAAAUAAGCAGAGCUUUGCUGUUAGACAAGGACAAUUUUCCUUGAGGGCCACUUUAGUAGAAUAUUUCUUAGUAUCAAUGCUACCUCAAGAAAGGCAGGAAAAAUGGAAAGAUCUCACACCUCCUUGGAACAAGAUUUUGACUUAGGGAGGGAAGGGGAAUUGCCACAGCUUCAGUUCCGUGAGGUGUGGGAUAGAAAAAAAAAAGAUUUUAUCUCACAGAAUUAGGCAGAAAGUGUCUAAUCAGACAAGGAAUCACUAUUUUCAUUUUUGCCAAGGAUAGAAGUGGUCUGGAGUGAAAUCCAAAAUUUUUCCCUACCGGUUCUGUGGGCGUGGCUUGAUGGGCAUGACAAGGGAAGGAUAUUGCAAAAUCUUCAUUCCCACCCCACUAGCCAGAGAUGGUAUUUGCUGGUUCUCCGAAUUACUCAAAAUUUCUGCUAGCGGUUCUCUAGAACCUGUUAGAAACUGCUGGAUUUCACUCCUGAUGUGGUCUCUAUUCACUUCUUUGGCAGAGAUCAAACAGUGUGUUUUCAAACAGAAGUUUACAAGCAGCAAUCUUAAUGCUAUAGGCACAGGAAAAGCUGUUUUUCUCCUCUAUUUAGUUUAAUACUUUAUUUCAGUUCUCUAAAGCAAAAUGUGAGCAGCUUUUUUGCAUCUGGGAGCCACAGAGGGAAUGUAUCCUUGGAGUUGUUUAACAAAGGAAAUAUGAGUGUGAAGUUUAGUAGAGGCUUAAGAUAUCUAUUUUCUUCUCUUAUUUUUUUAAUGAAACUAUUAAAGGAUUACAGAGACUGGGGUUGACUAUGUAUGGAAUAUAGACCACGGGUUUUCCAGCUCUUGUUAAGCAGGAAGCAAUGGAGAUACCUAAAAGCAGAAGUCAUUUAAGGGGGAAUAUAUGCAAGUUAUAUUGCUCCUAGCUAUACAGCUCUAUUCAUAACAUGUCUAUUUCCCCCACCCCACCCCGAAGCAAGAACUUCCACUGAAAUGAAUUACAUAAAAUGAAUGAGCCUCAUUGUUCAAAAUGUUCAGCUGGAACAUGGACACUGAUUCCAUCCCACUGAGAUUGUACAACACUGCAAAGUGAAACCCUUUAUUCUUUUUUUUUCUAUAUAUAGGAGCCUUUCCUAGCUUUGUGUUUCCUCUCUCUGGUGUCUACAUAUAUUGGGUUCAUGUAUUAAGUAAACAGACUAGUUGGGAAUCCUGGAGUAUUGCGCUGACACUCCCAACAUUCACCGUUUGGGAGAAAUGUGAUGUUCUAAAUAUAAAUAUCCUAAAUAUCACCCUGGUGGACAUAACUAUCUAGUUCUGAGAUAAGUGUGUGCCUCUCACUCUGUGCCUAAUAUUCCUCCUUACUUUCCUAAUAAUAUAAGUCUUUAUAUCAUAAUGGCCUUUUUAAAUUGGCUUUGAUUAAGAAGAUAACUUCAAGUAGUUCCUUGUUAUUUCAAAAUUGUAAAUUAUAAAUUAUUGAGAUCACAAUACAGAUAACUACAUUAUAGUAUAGAAUGCUUAACUUGCUUUAUGGAUUUUUUGUUGUUGAUUGUUUGGUAAACCACCACAAAGCUGUAAAUGAAUUGGUGGUAUACAAGUGGAGUGAAUGAAGGAAUAAAUAAGCAGGCUUUCUGUUAAAAUGAAAAACAUAUACAUUUCUAAAGUUCCUCCCAAAUUUGAGAACAAAUCCAAUUAUAUUUCACUGGAAGUAUACAAAAUUUGAAUCAGAGUAUUAUGCUUAUGACACUAUAUUACAGAAUUUUUAUGGCAUUAUCUAUAUAUUCCUAUAAACAUAGGCAUAACCUUAUCAAUGCAUCUAUCAAAUAAUUCACAUCGACAAUAGUGUUAAACAUUUAGGCCUAUGACAAAUUAAGUUAAACAGUUCCAUGAAAAAUUGUCUCAUGACAUCAAGCAAAAAAAGCUAUCAAGCAAAAAAUACUACUGGUGUUUUUGAUUAACAAAUCAACUGCAAUGUAUUUUGAAAACAAACUGAUGGUUUAUAAAACCAUGAAAAUUACUAAAGUGGAAAAAAACCUUUAGAUUUACAUCAGCAAUUUUGUUUUAAUCAGUAGGCUUUCAGAGGGAUUUCAGAUAGAUGUAAACAAUAUAACCCAUUUAAAUAUUUUUUUCUAAUACAUGCCAACAACAACAUAGAUUAAAUAUGCACAUUGCCAAAAGAAAAACUACAGUAUGUUAAUAGACAAUGCAUACAAAAUAUAUGUUUCAUGCUUGUAGCUCAGAUCUUCACAGAAGUGCCUUUUGAAUGAGAAUUUUCUUUUUUAGGCCGAGUUAUUAGCGUUGUAUCUGGGCAAUUACAUUAUAAGAUUGUAUAUUAUUUAAUUAAAAAUGUGUACCCAUCUAAAUCAUUUUAAUAGUUCAAUAAAAAGACUAUAGAGCUAUAUUUCAUUUAUACCAUCUUUCAGUUUACAAUAAUAACUAACUUUGGUGGUAAUUAUAUCACAAUAUGAUACUAAAAUAUUAUCUCUAUAAUGAAGCAUUUUAAAAGUCAACAUAAAAUGUCCAUACAGUGCAGAGUCCUAUAUCAAAAUUAAGCAACACCGUUUUAAAUUUAGAAAUCAGUGCUUUUAAAUCAAGUCUUUUACCAAUUAGGCAUUCUGAUUCAAAAGUUGUAUCGUAAAAUAUCACAUAUUGGGAGACUUUAUCUGGAGGAUGGCUACGGGUGUUCAAUAUUAUCACCAGUUAAAUGAAAGCAAAAGAACAUCACCUGAUCCUGGAGAACAGUAUUGGAGAGAAAGUAGGUUGUACUAUCUGGCUGCUUACCUGUGCAUGGAUAUUGUUUAUUGCAGGAUCAAUCUUUGUGUGCCCCUGACAAUGACCACCUGCCCUAGGACUGCAUUUCCCAUAACAUUACUUCUUGAUAGAGGAGUUGUUUAAAAUGCCUUUUCUACCCUUGCUUCUCACAUGGCUGCUGCCUGCUCUAUCUCCAACUAUUUAAGAUUAGCAAACCUGGGCUGCAAAAAUCUGGACGGUCACUAGAUGGUAGCAAUGAGUUCAGAAUUUUCCCUCUCGAAUGCUAUCUAUCUGGAAGUACAACAGUCCUAUUAAGAGAUUGUGCAGGCACAGACAGCAAUGACUAUAAAGAGGUUCUGUCAUAUUACUGCUCACAUAAAGAUAUUGUUCACACUGUGGCAAGCUGAGAUAGACUCCUGAAAACCGAGACCUCUUCUUCAUGUUGAAGAUUUUGCCUCCCAUACGACACACGUUGCUGAAGUCAAAACAUCUGUUUACGCUAAACACAUUCUCUAACUAUUUGCAUCUGAGCUCUAUUAUUUACUACUUUAAAAAUCUACAAAAACUCUUGUAAUUUCCCCCAAACUUUUUACAAUUAAAUUACUUAUCCAUUUUAGUGUUAUUUUUAUUUUAGUUUUUCAUGUCUAUAUUCUUUUUUGGGAGAAAAAAAGUUAGUAUCCUUGAUUACAUGGCAAAGGAGAAAGGUAGAGUAUUUAUUAAAUAAAUGAAAAAAUAAAAUAAAAUAAUAAAAACACAAAGCAAUUCUGCCUAAAGAUAUUAAAUACAGAUUCUGGAACUACUGAAGAAAAUUUAUAUGAUAUUUUCCUAUAUAUUAGUCUGCUCCCCAGAAUCUUAUUUGAGUAAACACAUGUUAUUAUUGUGCAACAAUCUAGAAAAUAUAAAGGAGAAGGAAGUUUUAAUCUGCAACUAAAUGAAUACAGUACGUGAAGUAGCUGGUGGUUUAUUCCUUCUCUUUGAAAGGUGACACAUAAUUCAGUUGUAAACCAUAACCUCAAUAGAAAAAAAAUCUGGCAUAAAGUUUUCAUGAUUUUAUUAUAGAUAUAUUAUUCGGUACCAUUCUGUCCUUGCUAGGACUUUUACUCGCAUUGAUUUAUUACACACUACCUAAUGGUUGGUUGACUGCAACUAUUAUCCCUCUUCCCUAAUCCCUAAAACAUAUAUAGUUGUAAGAGAUAAAAUUACCUCCCAAAUGUUCUUUCUGAUAUGGCAUUGAAGAUGAUUAAAUUUCUCCUUCAGAAAUUAGAAAUUUGGCUUGCUCCCUCCAAGAACUCUCAAGUUUUCGAGAAGGUUGUUCCACAAGUUUCCCUAGCAAAAUGCUUCUUGAAGAACUAUUGCGUUUGUUGAUAAUAUGUAUGUUAUCAUUCAUAAUGGUCAAUGUGCUAAGCUAGAGAAAAAACCAGUCUGAUGUAGUAGUGAGGGCAUCAACCUAGCAAUUGGAAAAAAUGUGAGUUCUAGACUUGACUUAAGCACAAAGCCAGAUGGGUGACCUUGAGCUACUCAUUAUCUCUCAGCUCUAGGAAGAAGGCAACGGCAAACCACUUCUAAAAUUUUGCCAAAAAACCCUGCAGGGAUUUGUCCAGGUCAUUACCAGGAGUCAACACUGACUCAAAGGUGCAUGUCGCGCUUACACAAACAUUCACACAAACUGAAGUGGUUCUAAGUAAGAUUAUAACGAGAAGACCAAAGAUUUAAUUUUGACAUACUAUUCAAAGCAUGUGAUAUUGUUCUUGCUUUGCCUGAAAGGGAGCACUGAAAAUGGAAAUAAUAAUGCACAAAUUUGAUUAGCCAAGAGUUCAACAAAUUCAGAUAAACUAGAAAAUCCAUUAGAAAAAUUAUUCUUUUCAGGCCCACAGUUUUUAGAAGAAAUAUCAAGUUGGCAUUUUUUGAAUAUCAAUUGAUAAAUAUCAAAGGAGUUAGUUGGUUGCUGUGGAAGCAAAGAAAAGAAAUGGAAAAACUCUUCUACUUCCCCAAAACAGAAGUUAGCUGAGGCUGCAGGAAGCUGUGCUAGCAAGUAGUGACAAAACAUCUAGCAAAUAGCCAAUACCUAUACCAGCAAGCAGAUCCCAAUACCUUCUAUUUGCAAAAUAAUGCUCUUUAUCUUUGUUUAAAUGAUCCUGUUUUCAGCAUUGUGAGACAGGCAGCAUGUCUCUCUAUCUGUCCUAUCACUUUCAUAAUAUAGUACUAGGUUACUUAUGCAUGAUAAAUGUCCAUAUAUUUGCAGUGGAAAAGAACUAAAGCACAGUUAUAGCUAUCAAAGCUGGUAGCAAACACCUGGAUGGCCAACAGAUGAAAGCAGAGUUCAUUUAUUAUAUCUUUGCACAUCUAGAGAUUUGUCUGCAUUUUCCCAGACCCAGUCUAGUACUGUACUAUACAUGCUUGCGUAUAAGCCUAUACGCAGAUAAGCUGACCCUAAAUUUUUUAACUAAAAUACCAUGAAAAAUGUGCCAGCCACAGAAGCCAACCCUCAAAAUGGUCAUUUGUUUUAAUUUCCACAAUUGGCUUAUCAUAAAUGAUCAUAAUAAGGGAUGCGGUGACUCAGGGGCUAGGACGUUGAGUUUGUCAAUCGAAAGGUCGGCAGCUCAGCAGUUCGAAUCCCUAGUGCUGCCGUGUAACGGGGUGAGCUCCCGUUACUUGUCCCAGCU